AUGGCAAAGCGCACAGCAGACAACCAGAGGACAAAAGACGACGACGACGAGGAAAACGGCGAGGAGCCCGGCGUUAGAGACACUCCUAUUGCUCCCGUGCAAGGAAGAGUUGUUCGUGGACUGCCGAAACGUAAAGGUCUUGGAGAAACUCCUGCCCCCACACCAGCUGCCCCUGUAGCCAGCGCUUCCGGUGCACACCCGUUCAGCUCUUUGUCAUCCUCCGCACCUUCUGCUCCCAACCCCUUCACGUUCGGACAAUCUGCUCCAGCUUCGACAGCUCCCCCUGCAGCUUCGAAUGCGUUCUCUGGGUUCAGCUUCGGGGCCCAGUCGACUUCCACUACCCCUGCUUCCGGUACCCCUCCUGCCACAGAAGCGCCCAAGCCCGCUCCCACUUCCACGUUCAGCUUUGGUUCGAAGCCCGCAGAAGCCGCUGCGCCGGCAAAGGCCUCGCCGUUCGCUGGAUUCUCCUUUGGCGCGCCUCCUGCAGCUACCCCUGCCCCCACACAGAAAAAAGAUGAAGCUCCUAAGGCUGCAUUCACGUUUGGCAGCUCGGCUUCAACUGCCCCUGCCGCCGAGAAGGAAACACCCAAAGCCCCUUCCGGUUUCGGGUCGAGCACCUUCGGGUCGAAUCCUGCUGGCUCAGCUGCUAAACCCGCAUUCUCGUUUGGGGCGCCAGCUACUGGAUCAGAGAAGAAGGAUGCGAACAAGACGAGCGCGCCAGCACCUUUCUCUUUCGAAACCACACAAAAGGAGGCGACAACUGUGGCAAGCAAGGAAGCUACCCAGACCCCGGCUUUCUCAUUUGGCAAACCUGCUGCUCCAGUAGCGUCUGAGAAAGUGCCAACUCCUGCUGCUCGUGUGGAAGCUCCCUCUUUCGGCGCGACAGGUAACGGCUUUACUGCUCCAAAAUCUACGUCCACUCUCUCGGUCCCCGCGCCUGCCGCAUCUACGGCCGUCGACGCCUCUUCCGAAACCUCCUUCCUUACUUCCCUUCGCGGUCUCAACCAUUCAUUCCACACGUUCUUCGCCUCCAUCAUCGAGAAAGAUCCAUUCAUCGACCUGUCAGAGGUAUUGCCCAACUUGGGGAAGCAGUAUGAGAAGCACCUCGAAGAGAUCGGGAGUAAGAGUGGGUGGAAGCCGGAGAAGAGUGGUGCAGCGGUUGAGAAGACAGAGGAUACGCCCAAGGCUGGAGGGUUCACGUUGCCAAAAGCGCCAGAAGGAGGUUUCGCUGUGCCCAAGCCCGCAGCACCAAGCGGUACCACUGCAACCGGGGGUUUCACUCCUUCAGCCCCCGCGAGUGCAUCAACGGCAUCUGGUUUCAGCUUCUCUGGCGUAGCCCCUGCUUCCAAAAAAUCGUCAGAGGGGGCUACAAAGAUUAUUUCCGACGUUCUCGCCAACAAGCCCGAAGAGAAGAAGGCGCCCUUUUCUUUCUCUGUCGGUACAGACGCCGAGAAGCCUCAGGCUUCUACUCCUUCAUCCACGGGUUUCAGUUUUUCCGCUCCCAAAAAGUCGACUUCCCUCUUUUCUACUACCCCUGCCACUCCCGCAAAGGCUUCCUCUGCAGAGUCUGGUACACCUCUAGGAAAGUUUGGCCCUGGUGGAAGCCAGCCCCAACUGUCUUUCGGUGUCAAGGCCGGCACAUCACCCUCAGCAUCCACCACUGGUGGCUUUUCUUUCAGCGCUAAACCAGCGACCCCUGCAGGAAGCACAGGCUUCUCUUUUGGUUCGGCGAGCUCGACGCCUAGCGGGACGCCUGCUGCUGCGCCCUCGAGCGGAUUCUCUUUCGGUUCAACGGCCGCGGCGGCAUCAUCAGCAUUCUCAUUCGGCAAGCCUGCCGACGGCGGGGCCACCGGCUCUUCUGCUCCUUCAGCCUCUGCCCCUGCCGAGUCCACAGAGGCGUCGGAGGAAACCCCUGGCUCUCCUUCCAAGAACCUCGCUGAAACAGCUGGUGCGGGCGAAGAGAAUGAAGAUACCGUACUCGAACAACGUGGCAAACUCUCGCGGCUUGAAGAUGGAAAGUAUGAGCUUGAAGGAUUGGGGCAGUUCAAGCUGAAGCAGGAGAAGGCGGAAGGCGGGAAAAGAAGGUUGUUGAUGAGGACCGACGGCAAUGGGAAUGUCAUACUUAACAUGUCAUUCAAGUCGACAUUCAAACCCACUGCUGAUGGGCCGUACAUCAAAUUUCUGGGUUUCAACAAGGAUGGAAAGCCGACACCCUAUGCGUUGAGGGUGAAAAACGCCGAAGUGGCCAAGACGGUGGCGGAGAAGCUGGAGAAAGAGGCCGGAGAAGCACAGUAG